AGAAGCCAAUGAGACAGAGGGAGAGAGCGAAAGUCAGCCUCUGUUCACCCAACCCAAAAAUCCUCCACAAACCAAAGUCAACGCCGAAAACCAAGAAGAAGAGAGAAUCCCUUCUCUCUCUCCAGCCUCUCUUUCUCUCUCUAGACUUCCUCUCCCUCUCUCUAGGCUCCCGAGGCCAUGUCCGCGCGCCGGCCGCCGCCGCCGCGCCCGCGCUUGGCGCUGCCGCCGCGCUCGGCUGCGGAGUCGCUCUUCACCGGUGCCGGCGACGCCAGCCCCGGCCCGCUCACGCUCGCCUCCGCGCUCUUCCCCUCCGACGCCGACGCCGGCGCCUCCUCCUCCGCUGCUGGACCGGCGAGCUUCACGCAGCUCCUCACGGGCCCCCUCGCGCCGCCGCCGCAAUCGCAGCAGCAUGAGCCGGAGAGCGGGAGAGGUGGGGUCGCCAGGGCUGGGCCGGCGCUGUCGGUUGCGCCUCCCGCGUCAUCAGCGACGGCGGCGUCCGUGUUCACCGUGCCCCCCGGCCUGAGCCCCUCCGGCCUGCUCGACUCCCCCGGGUUGCUCUUCUCGCCGGCCAUGGGGGGUUUUGCAAUGUCGCACCAGCAGGUUCUGGCUCAAGUUACUGCCCAAGCAAGCCAUUCUCCGCUCAGAAUGUUCAAUCACAUUGAACAACCAUCUUUCUCAGCAGCUGCAACAUCGUCUGAAGCUCUGCAACAUAUGAAUCCUGGGGCCAAUAUGGCAGGAAUUUCAGGGAUGGCGAUGGUAACAGCAAACAAUGAGAAUUCAUCCUUUCAAUCUGCUGACGCGUCUCAGAGGUAUCAAGUUAAUGCCCCUGUUGAUAAGCCUGCUGAUGAUGGCUAUAACUGGCGGAAAUAUGGUCAGAAGGUGGUGAAGGGCAGUGAUUGCCCCAGGAGCUAUUACAAAUGCACUCAUCCGAAUUGCCCGGUCAAGAAAAAGGUAGAGCAUGCUGAAGACGGUCAAAUAUCGGAGAUCAUAUACAAAGGCAAACACAAUCACCAACGUCCACCAAAUAAGCGGGCAAAAGAUGGCAACUCUUCAGCAGCCGAUCAAAAUGAACAAUCUAAUGAUACCACAUCUGGCCUGUCAGGUGCCAAGAGAGAUCAGGAAGCUAUAUAUGGGAUGUCUGAACAAGUAUCUGGUUUAAGUGACGGAGAUGAUAUGGAUGAUGGCGAAUCCAGGCCACAUAAAGUGGAGGAUGGUGAUACUGAGAGCAAAAGAAGAAAUAUACAAAUUUCUUCACAAAGGACCUUGCCAGAGCCUAAGAUUAUUGUGCAAACAACAAGUGAGGUUGAUCUUUUGGAUGAUGGUUAUAGAUGGCGCAAGUAUGGGCAGAAGGUAGUCAAAGGAAACCCUCAUCCAAGGAGUUACUACAAGUGCACAUAUGCUGGAUGCAAUGUUAGGAAGCACAUAGAGAGAGCUUCGUCGGACCCUAAGGCUGUCAUAACAACUUAUGAAGGAAAACAUAACCAUGAACCACCGGUUGGUAGGGGCAGCAACCAGAAUGCAGGAAUGUCGGCCCCUUCAAACAGUUCACAACUGAAAGGGCAGAAUAGCAUGUCUAGUAAUCAAGCUUCACUUUCAAGAACAGGCUUCAGCAACACUAACCAGAGGCCAAUUGGGAUCUUACAAUUCAAAAGGGAAGAAUAGUAACAUCAUUUGACUCCCUUUGGAACCUUGUUGCUCACUGUUAUUUGGAUUAUGUUCUUCAGGCAAGUAUUGUAUGCUUGCAAUUCGUACAGUCAUAUGGCAUCAAAGGUUCUUAAAGUUCGAUAAUUCAAUGGUAUCAGUUCCCAGUUUUUCCACAGAUACACAGAAUAGCUGGUACAGCACCAGCCUUUCUAGUUUGUACAUGUUAUUAAGUUGAAGCAUACAAAAUGUAAUACCAGCUAGGUGAAAGUUAUUCAUACAUGUUUAUGAUGUUUUAUAGAUGGAUCAGGCGUAUACAUGUUUAUAUUAUGAUUUUAUUCCCAACAAGAUCUUGUAUGUAUUGUAUUAAGAUUCAAAAGAGUAGUGAGUGUACAGAUGUUUCAGAGUUAAGUUUGCUUGUUGUAAUUUGUAUGCUUCAGAUGCAUACAUGUUUAUGUAUUUGGCCAAUUUUAAUCUC